AUGGUUUUGAAGCAGAAUUUCACGUGCCUGGGCACGCAGCUGAAGUGCGCGGGCAACGCGUCGCUGGGCGUGCGCGCGCGCUGCGUGGCGGGCGCGCGCUGCGACGGCCGCGCCGACUGCCCCGACGCCGCCGACGAGGCCGACUGCCCGCCGCACACCUGCCCGCCGCACCACUUCUCGUGCUUGGGCGGCGGCUGCGUGCCGCUGGUGUGGGUGUGCGACGCGGACGCGGACUGCGCGGACGGCAGCGACGAGGGCGCGCUGUGCGCCGCGCGCCGCUGUGCGCCCGGACACUUCCGCUGCGCAUCCGGACGCUGCAUCCCCGCCGAGUGGCUGUGCGACGCCGAGGCCGACUGCCCGCAGCGCGAGGACGAGGCGUCGUGCUCGGGCCGCGCGGGCCCGACGUGCGAGCCGACGUACUUCCGCUGCCCCUCGGGGCGCUGCGUGCCGGGCCGCUGGCGCUGCGACGGCGAGGACGACUGCGGCGACGCGGCCGACGAGAUGCACUGCGAGCCGCGCAACUGCUCCGAGUCAGAGUUCAGAUGCGGCAGCGGCGAGUGCGUCCGCGGCGCGCUGCGCUGCGACGGCGCGGCGGAGUGCGCGGACGGCUCGGACGAGGCGGGCUGCGCGCCGGCCUGCCCUCGCGCCGCCGCCUGCGCCUCCGGGGACGCCUGCGUGCCCAAGUAA